CACGAGCACGCACAGCUGAGCCCUGCAUCGUUCACGCAACGUGCCGCGCCGUCGCUCCCGCACAGUGUGCACAUCCGAAUCGUUACAUUCGCAUGCUAAUACCGCAGUUCCCUCGCUGCCAAUCCUCCCAGCCCGAGUCAUUGCUCCACGUUCGCCAACCCCCUAGUGCCAAUUUGCUGGACCCGCGCUCAGGCAUCCUCUUCCCUGCGGGCUCCAGCGUCACCCACACGCCUCCCUGAACCCUCGACCACCAGUUCCCGGAAGGGUCCUCUUCUCCGCCUCUCGCUAUCCCGUCAUUCGUUUACCAAAGCAACCGUCGUCAAUCGACAACAACAAGUUCCUUCCCGCGCCUCCGCCCCUUAGCCACGACGGCAUCCUGAGACAGCACCCAUCAGCCGAACCGCGCCCCUGAUCGUGCGGCCCUCCGCCAGCGUCCACCGACGCCUUCUCCUUCGUUCGCCCCUCCAUACCGGACACAACUCGCCGCCAUGCGAAUUUCCAUACGCCUCGCGGGCGUGCUCGCCCUUGCCGCACCAGUAGUCCUUGCGCAGAACAACCAGGAUAGCAAGACGACGAACCAGCCGAGCGCCACCCAGGCAACCGACAAGGAGACACAGACAAGUGCAGCCGCGCAGACAACAGACGCGGCGAAAACAACUAAUGCGCCUUCGAAGACGGAAGACAACACAUCUGCAGAUGCCACGCAAACACAGGGUGGCGCAGGCAACUUUCUAUCUCUUCUCCCCUCGCAGGCAGGUGUCGGCAUACCCGUCGUGGGAGUGCCAGAUACCGCCGGGGCAGCUUUCAUGCAAAAGUCUGAUCUGCCAGACGGUACCGUCUUCAUAUGUGUAGGCGCCAUCUUGGCCUUCUUUGGGUUGGGUGUGCUCGUCUGGCGAGGCCUUGUAGCAUGGUCGCUGCACCGUUCUGUCAAGCGCGCUGCGUUGGCUCAAAACCUUGCCGAUCUCAAGGACCAGUCAGCUUUUCCUGGCGGCAGGAAACGGGGGAUGUACAAUGUUGUCGGCGCAAGCUCUACCAUGUCCCUCGAUCACCUCUCAGCUGCACCAACGGGAACAUCGAGGCCCCCCAAGCCCUUCGCGAACAAUGCCACAAGCACACCUCCCAAGUCGAACUCCCUAUUCUUUUCUCCUACUGCUGGUGGCAGCACUGGCCUGCGCGACUCUGUUGCAAACCGGUCGUCACAAUACUUGCCAGCAGGCUACUACGCUGCUGGUAACGCACAGGCUGCGCAAGGCUCGCCCGUGACCCAUGUUGGCGGUGCCGGAUCGCAUCUGUCCACGCACUCUUUGGCCAUGCCAGGAAAUCGUUUCAGUUCUCGUUCAGGUAUCUCGCCUCCGCAGUCCCCAUCGCUUCCUCCAUCGCGGGGUUACGACCGUGCACCACCUUCUCGCGACGGCUUGUCCAUAUACAACCGGAACAGUGUCGCAACCCUUGGAUCACCCUCAGGAAGAGCAGGUGUAUAUGGCAACGACCAUGGAAGCGCAAGUCAACUCUCUCUCAAUGUACCGGGCGGAUCGACGACCGGAGGACGUGCACCAAGCGCGUAUCUGGAUGACCUGUUCGAGAACCACGGCAACGGACCUAGGGAGCGGUUCUAG